AUGCGGCUAUUUUUUGUCAUAUGUGGAAUUAGCAGUUUUGUGUUUCUGUGGAUAUUUCACUUCUUCAAAUUUUCGUCUAGUUUUGUGGAACUGAAAUUCAAUCGAGUUUUUGAAGACUCGAAUUUUGUUCAUGCUGUUCAGCUUGAAGCUAGACAGUUUUUCUCCAAAAACGUUCAACAUCAUGACGCGGAAAAGUACGCUGUUUGUCCAACUGUUUCGACUGAAAUUGAAGUUGUGAUGCAAUCCCUUAGAGUUAUAAUUCCUGAAGUAAACUUGAAAAAGGGAAAUGAUUAUAAAACUAUAUUUCUCUGGACAAAAUAUUUCAAUUCCAAUUACAGUGAAGACUUCUACUUUUUUCAUCCUGGUAACGAAACAUUCGUUCGCUAUGGCUGUAAUAACUUGUGUGAAGUGACUCGGGAUCAAAGGCUGAUUUCAUCUGUUGAUGCUGUAUUGUUUCAUGCUCGGGAUUUGAACGUGAGAGUACUACCUAAAAUUAGAAAACCACAUCAAAGAUGGAUUUUGUAUGGACUAGAAUCGCCCAGCUUUACCAAUCUUCCAUGGAAGAGUAUUAAUGGGUUAUUUAACUGGACAAUGACGUAUAGAGAAGACUCGGAUAUUCAAGCGAAGUAUGGUUAUACAUGCAAAAAAUCACACUUGGAAAAAAAUGAAAUUCGAGAUUAUUUGAAAGUAAAAUCUAGAGAAGUUGUUUGGUUUGUUAGUAACUGUCACACGCCAAGCAAAAGAGAAAAAUAUGUUCGUGAAUUAGCAAAAUUUAUUUCGGUGGACAUUUAUGGAAAAUGUGGACAAAAAAAAUGUGUACCAGCUCAGUCAUCUAACUGCUACAAAAACACCUUAAAUAAAUAUAAGUUUUAUUUGUCGUUUGAGAAUUCCAUGUGUAAAGAUUACGUAACCGAAAAAUUCUUCAAUAUUUUGAAUUACGAUAUAAUUCCGAUAACAUUCGGUGGAGCAAAGUACGAAAAUAUCAUUCCUGCUAAUUCAUUCAUCAAUGCGUUAAAUUUUCCAGACCCCAGAGAUCUCGCGAAGUUAUUGAAGGAGACUGGUUCUAAUGGAACUCUGUAUAACGAAUUCUUUCGGUGGAAAACGAAUUAUAAAGUGUAUUUACACCGUUGGAUGUGUGAACUGUGUGAUAAACUUCACGAAGAUACGAUGCCUACUGUCCGAUAUAACCUCGAAGAAUGGUUUGUGAAAGAAGCUAAAUGUUUAAUAUGGAAUUCCACGAUAAAGAAGUUUUUGCCUUAA